AAGAGUGGCAUCAAUUUUCUUCGUCGGUGUUGAUGUCCUUUCCUUUCCUUCCAAAAUUGUAACUUCCGCGGCAGCGUGUUUCGUGCAUCAUAUUAAUUGCUUUACAAGAAUAAUAUGCCAUCUGAUGCUAAAAAAAGACGUGAUGCUAAAAAGAAAGAAGCUGCAAAAGCUAGAGUUCAAAAGAAACCCGGUGUCAAAGCUGAAGAAAGUAUAGAUACUACAACUAAUGGAGAAACAAAUGAGCCUGUAACAAAUGGAGUGCAUAUAUCAGCUGCUGAGGAAGAAUUGGUAAAAAAGCUUGAAAAUGAUAUGAAAUUAAAUGCUGAAGCACGAGCAUGUACUGGUGUACUAGCUGUGCAUCCCAGAUCAAGAGAUAUAAAAAUAGAAAAUUUUUCAAUCAAUUUCCAUGGUGUCGAAAUUUUGGCAGAUACCAAGUUAGAACUAAAUUGUGGAAGAAGAUAUGGUUUAAUUGGCUUAAAUGGAUCAGGCAAGUCUACGUUGCUUGCCGCUUUGGGACGACGAGAAGUUCCAAUUCAAAGUCAUAUUGAUAUAUAUCAUCUGACUCGAGAGAUGGAGGCUAGUGAAAAAUCGGCUCUUCAAGCUGUUAUGGAUGUUGAUGAAGAAAGAUCAAGGUUAGAAAAACUCUCCGAAGAACUUGCCCACUAUGAUGAUGAAGAAUCUCAAGAGCAGUUAAUGGAUAUAUAUGAAAGGUUGGAUGAAAUUGGAGCAGAUAAAGCACAAGCCAAAGCAGCAUAUAUAUUACAUGGUUUAGGUUUCACCAAAGCAAUGCAACAGAAGAUGUGUAAAGACUUUUCUGGUGGUUGGAGAAUGCGAAUAGCUUUAGCAAGAGCAUUGUACGUUAGACCACAUUUACUUCUGUUGGAUGAACCUACGAACCAUUUAGAUUUAGAAGCUUGUGUAUGGUUAGAAGAUGAACUAAAAACAUACAAAAGAAUAUUAGUUGUGAUAUCUCAUUCUCAGGAUUUCCUUAAUGGUGUGUGUACAAAUAUUAUACAUAUCAAUAAAAAGAAGCUAAAUUAUUUUGGUGGUAACUAUGAUACAUUUGUGAGAACAAGAUUAGAGCUUUUAGAAAAUCAAAUGAAACGAUACAAUUGGGAACAAAGUCAAAUUGCUCACAUGAAGGAUUACAUAGCUCGUUUCGGCCAUGGUAGUGCUAAACUAGCCAGACAGGCUCAAAGUAAAGAAAAGACUAUGGCAAAAAUGGUUGCUGGAGGGUUAACAGAAAAAGUUGUAUCUGAAAAGAUUGUGCAGUUCUAUUUCCCAGAUUGUGGUACGAUACCACCACCUGUGAUUAUGGUCCAGAACGUGUCUUUCAAGUACAAAGAGGAUGGGCCCUUAAUUUAUAAAAACCUUGAAUUUGGCAUUGAUCUGGAUUCAAGAAUUGCUCUUGUGGGCCCAAAUGGUGCUGGAAAAUCUACAUUAUUAAAACUUCUUUGUACUGAGGUUGCACCUACUGAUGGCCUUAUUAGAACACAUUCCCAUUUACGAAUUGCUAGGUAUCAUCAGCACUUACAAGAAUUACUUAAUCUUGAUAUAUCUGCAUUGGAAUACAUGAUGAAUAGUUUUCCUGAUAUCAAAGAAAAAGAAGAAAUGAGAAAAAUAAUUGGUAGAUUUGGUUUAACUGGAAGGCAACAGAUUUGUCCUAUAAGGCAGCUAUCUGAUGGUCAACGAUGUCGGGUUGUAUUUGCAUGGUUAGCAUGGCAAGCUCCACAUUUAUUGCUACUUGAUGAACCUACCAAUCACUUGGAUAUGGAGACAAUAGAUGCUUUAGCGGAAGCUAUCAAUGAUUUUCAAGGUGGCAUGGUAUUAGUUAGCCACGACUUCAGACUUAUAAGUCAGGUGGCAAAGGAGAUUUGGGUGUGUGAGAAUCAGACUGUAACCAAAUGGAGUGGAACAAUUCAGAGCUAUAAAGAACAUCUACGCAAAAGAAUUAUGAAGGACAUUGAAAAUCCAUUAUGAUUCUAAAGAAUUUAACUGAUUAUUCCAAACCACCAAUAAAUUACCAUGAGGAAAAUUGACUGAACUUCACUUGAAAACAAUACUGCCUCUUCAGUUACAUUGAAUUUUAUUUUAUUAAAAUAUAUUUAUUUCAAGUUCAUUUAAAUUAUACAUUUGUUUUAAAAUAACUGGACGUCAAUAACUUGAAUAAAACAAUUUUGUUUCGCAAAAAAACAUUUCUGUAUAUCCUUAUCUUUUCAAAUGAAACCAGUUGCACUGAAUUAUAAAACUUUAUUUUUUACCAAGUAUAAUAAAAUUUUAUUUUCAAUUUCA